AAUCAACGGCAUAACAAUUAUAACUAUGAUUGACAAAUUUGAAAUAAGGCUCGAUAAUCUAUUGAGAGUAUCAGAAAAAAAUGCAAAAACCAUUGAAACCCAAACAAAGUUAAUACAUGAGUUAAUCAUGAAGCUUUCUCCAUCACCAUUAAACCAAAUUAUUUAUAUGUCAAAAGAAGUUCAAUUAAAUAAUAGAGAAAACUGGUUGCGGCCAGUUCUACCUUGUUUCAUUAAUCCCUGUAAGGCUUGUGGUUAUUAUGGACAUAUUCAGAAGACAUGUAAAAAUAUACUUCCAACAUAUCAGUCAGCUUGUACAAAAUGUUGGUCCAAUGGUCAUAAUAAAGACAGAUGUUUAAACAAUAAACGUGAGACUCCAUUCCGCUCAGAAUAUUUACCACCAGAUAAAAUAAUAGAAAAAUAUAUGGGCUAUAAUAUAUUCAUAGAUGAAAUUGUAGAGAAUUCAGAACAAUCUACAGGUGGAACAACAUACAGUAAAGGAGCAUUCUCUUCCGACAAAGAAAACAAUGAAUAUCAUAUU